AUGGAGCUCGCCGAGGACAGCCUGGGCGCCAUCCGGCUUCCAGAGCCACCCGACGCCCCGCAGUGGCGCAUCCCUGGCGGCCUGCGGGGAGCGCUGUCCCCUGGGGUGCUGCGGGAGGCAGCCGCGCUGGUGGCGCUCGCGGGCCCGGUGUUCUUGGCGCAGCUGAUGAUCUUUCUCAUCAGCAUUGUCAGUUCCAUCUUCUGCGGACACCUGGGCAAAAUCGAGCUGGACGCCGUGACACUCGCUGUCUCCGUUGUGAAUGUCACUGGGAUUUCAGUGGGAACCGGCUUGGCCUCAGCUUGUGACACGCUGAUGUCUCAGUCCUUCGGAGGCAGGAACCUGAAGCGCGUGGGGGUCAUACUGCAAAGGGGCAUCCUCAUCUUGCUGCUCUGCUGUUUCCCGUGCUGGGCCAUCUUCCUGAACACCGAGCACCUGCUCCUGCUCUUGGGGCAGAACCCGGAAGUCGCCAGGAUAGCCCAGGUUUAUGUGAUGAUUUGCAUCCCUGCUCUUCCUGCAGCGUUCCUGUUCCAGCUGCAGACACGGUAUUUACAGAGUCAGGGCAUCAUUAUGCCCCAGGUUAUUGUUGGGAUCGCAGCAAAUGUUGUCAACGUGGGCAUGAAUGCCUUCUUGCUGUACGCCUUGGACCUCGGAGUGGUAGGAUCAGCCUGGGCCAACACCACCUCCCAGUUCUUCCUGUCUGCCCUGCUUUUCCUCUAUGUGUGGUGGAAGAGGAUCCACGUCCUCACCUGGGGAGGUUGGACGAGGGAAUGCCUCCAGGAGUGGAGCUCCUACACCCGCCUGGCCAUCCCCAGUAUGUUCAUGGUGUGCAUCGAGUGGUGGACCUUCGAGAUUGGGACCUUCCUUGCAGGCCUUGUUAAUGUGACAGAGCUGGGAGCCCAGGCUGUCAUCUACGAGCUGGCGUCUGUUGCCUACAUGGUGCCCUUUGGCUUCGGUGUGGCUGCCAGUGUCCGCGUGGGCAAUGCCCUGGGGGCAGGGAAUGCUGAGCAGGCCCGAUGUUCCUGUACCACGGUUCUUCUGUGUGCUGGUGUCUGUGCGCUCCUGGUGGGAAUUCUGCUGGCGGCCUUGAAGGAUGUGGUUGGCUACAUAUUCACCAAUGACAAGGACAUAAUUUCCCUUGUGAGUCAAGUGAUGCCCGUCUUUGCUCCAUUUCAUCUGUUUGAUGCGCUUGCGGGCACCUGUGGCGGGGUCCUGAGAGGUACCGGAAAACAAAAGAUAGGCGCUAUCCUGAACGCCAUUGGUUACUACGGGUUUGGUUUUCCUAUCGGAGUAUCUCUGAUGUUUGCUGCUAAACUUGGAAUAAUAGGCCUCUGGUCCGGACUGGUAGUCUGUGUUUUCUCCCAGGCCCUCUCAUAUUUAAUCUACAUCAUGAGGACAGACUGGAAUAGAGUUGCAGAGCAGGCACAAGUUCGAGCUGGGCUAAAAAGCAACAAGGAGACAAUACCCAUGCCAGCAGAUCUGCCCGUCUUGGAAAGAGAAGUUGUUGAUGGAGUGAUUUUGCCUGAUAUCAUCAGACCGGAGAGCCAGGCUGGCCAGCUGGUAGUAGAAGAAAGCAGCCAGCAUGCGGUGCCCACCGUCGGGGGUCUGACGGGGAGACAGCUGAUCAUCUAUCGUGGGAUGGCUCUGACUCUUUCUGUUGCUGUCCUCAUAGCGGGGAUUGUAGUGCGGGUUCUCAGUGACCGUGGCUAAGAUGGGGUGCUCACCAGCCUGUGGACUGGUGAUAAUUGUGUGCCAUGUCCUGAACAUGGACAUGAGCUUGUCAGUGGAACAGAAGCUUCUCUUAACUGUGGGUAGCAACGCUGCCCGUGAGCGUCUUGGUUACACUGAGACCCCACCCCACUGUACUGCAGGUCAAGAAAGAUGCAGUGUGCUUGCCUGGUGUGAGCAAGGCCCUGUGUGUUGUUCAGCACUAGGAUGUGUAUGUGUGUGUGUGGUGGUGGUGGGGGGAUGAACAAAUGGAUGAAUAGCUAUCCAAAUUUGGGGGUGUGCUGGGGAUAGAAUCCACAAGCCUCAGCACAUGCUGGGCAAGUGUUCUACCACUGAGCACUCCCAAGCCCCCAGAAGCUCCGCUUUUAAGAAUGCUUUCACCUUAUCAUGGUUUCCAAAUGCGUCAGUUUGAUUUUUCCCUACUGUAAAUGUGCUUUUACUCUUCCAUGCAUCCUCUGCUGCUGGAUCCUCACAGUGAGUGAAUAUCAGGUACCUCUUCUACCUCUGUCUAUGUAAUGUGCCACAGAAGCACUUAUAAAAUAAAUACCUAAGAUCUAAAAUA